GCAGCAACAGGUAAUUUCCCCUCUAGUUUGGUCUAUAUUGACUGUAAGAAGAAACAAGAUAUCUGCCAACGACGCCUAGCAGCUGAGGGUCCUGGUGCCCGGCCACCAACGCCAGGAAGAGCUAUUGCAUCCCUCUGUAUGACCACACGGGCCGCAAGACACCAAUGGUUGAGAGCUCUGGAACUGCCACGACAGAUGGUUCAGAAACAAAACGACAAACAGUCGGUCCCAGGGACUUGACAGCCACUUCAUAGUCGUCAAAAAGAAGAGCAAAGGGAGGGAGAAAUGGGUAUAAUCGAUGCAUUGAGAUCUGCACAUCAUGAUGGUCUUGGCUUGAUUCCGCCUGGGCUCGCUGAGAACCAUCUUCCCAAUCAUAUAAAGGAUGCUUCUUCUGCCGUAUGAACCCCCACAACCCACAACGAACUUGUCAGACCCUUCUCGGACUUGUGACGCUCACAAACCUCCUCAAACACCUUUCUUUGCUGUUGACUACUCUUGGGUCACCUUGAGCGAGAUCUGUGCGUCGUUACCAGCCCUGAGACAAACAUCCAUCGGUCCCCCCAACAUGCGGCUCUUCCUCCUCAUGCUUUUGUUGGCCUUACUCGACUUCACCAGCGCAGUGUCGGUACCUCGUCGGUCGAAGAAUCGCAGCUCGAAUCAUCGCUGGCCGCAGACUUUUGUCCCGCGAAACGCCACUGCCAGUUCAGACACCAUGUCCCUCGACAUCGAUCCUGACAUAGUCAAUCCGGUUUGUGGUGGGAUCUAUGAGGCCAACAUCAAUGUUCAGAGCGCACCGGACCCAUUCUACCUCAGCACCUUCUGCAGAAACGUCCUCGAUUACAUCGGUGGUCCAAAAGGGAACAAGGACGUAGACGUCAUCUUUGCUUGCACCGGCUUCAGCACCUCCGGUACAGGAACCCGAGACGUCAAGAUCGUCUUCAACACCGAAGCCGAUUCCUCAAUAAAUGCUGGCAGUAGCGGGACUCAGUUGAUCCCGGCAAACAUGGAACUUGUGUCGGAGAAGGAUAAUGUGUUUUACAGUUCAGAGGUGAACAUUGGGGUGAAGAGGAAUACCGGGACAGGAGAUGUGUCUUUUCAGCACAUCUAUUGCUGACCAAUUCGAGGCCACAAGGGUAGAUGACCUGUUGGACCAACGUGUGUGCUUUGUUGUUUGUUCAAUCCAUGCGGUCUCCCAGAAGAAUCCAACACGGCUGCGGGAGUUUUGUCCAUCAUGUCCAACCCAUCUCCAUGGGUCGGACAGCGGUUCUUGUCGAGGGGAAACAUACUGGCUGAGUUUCUUGCGACAAAGAAUGAGGUAGAGGAGACUUCCAGUAUGG